AUGUUACCGGGGCUGUCGCUGUCGCUCACUCCGCCUCCGACCAAUCAGAGCGCGCCUAGACUCCUCCCCCCUCCCCUCCCUCCUCCCCGCUGAGUGCAAAGGAGGAAAGUUCUCCUCGCUUCUCCCUCUGUUCCCUCCUCAUUCAGCCCGGCUCUCUGUUCCUUCCUCAUUCAGCCCGGCUCCACGAUGCAGAGAGGCCAGCUGUUGUCCGCGUGCGUGCUCUGCUGGAGCGUGGGCGCGUGCGUGGUCACGGCCAUCCAGAGGUCCGGUCUGUUCCCUUAUGGCUCUAUGAGUGGAGAUAUGAUCCUGGCAGAGGGCGACGAUGAAACGUCCAAAGUGCUGACCCUGCCCAGACCUUUCUACUUCUACGACUCCCAGUUCUCCCAGCUCUAUGUGGCCACCAAUGGCAUCAUAUCGGCGCAGGACUUGCCCAUGGAGAAGCAGUACGUCGACGACGGCUUCCCCACAGAUUUCCCCGCAGUGGCUCCGUUUCUGGCGGACGUCGACACCAGCGGAGGGCGAGGACAGAUCUACUACAGGGUGACGGAGACGCCCAGCGUGCUCAACAAAGUGGCCCAGGAGGUACAUCGAGGGUUCCCCGAUUCAAAGUUCACACCCACACACGUUGUGGUGGCUACAUGGGAGAACGUGGCGGCAUAUGAGGAACAAAGUCGUCACGCUGGACCUUCCAACAAGGUCAACACGUUCCAGGCAGUCAUCGGUUAUGAUGAGACAGACUCGUACGUUCUCUUCCUCUACCCUGAAGGUGGCUUGAACUUCUUUGGAACACGGCCCAAGGAAUCGUACAACGUUGAGAUAGAACUUCCUGCUAGAGUCGGCUUCAGCAGAGGAGAGAUCACCUAUUUAAUCUUCUCUCGAACUGAGGGCCCUUACUACAGCGUGACCAGCGACGAGCAAACUGUGAAAAACCUCUACCAGGUCGGUAACACCGGGAUACCAGGUGUUUGGCUGUUCCACACUGGAAACCGCUACUCUUUUGACAACAUUGUUCCUGCAUCCAUCGGUGGCAUCCUUGCUACACCGCCUGCUGGAGGACAUGGUCUUUCUCUGGACACCACCACCCCUGAGUACGCAGAGUUCGAGGAAUAUGCAGACAACACUUUUGACCCUGACAACCAGGAGGAGGAGGAAGACGAUGAUUACCCUCUGACAGGCGGGGACCCUGAAUUCCAGCCUGCCCCCGCUGGUGGGGACCAGCCCGAGCCCCUUCAACCAGCGAGGCCCGACGCCCCCUCGUCCCCUUCAAAGGAUUCUAACCGGCAUGGCAGUGAAGAUGUACCACUGACGUCUGAACCCCGGUACAGUCCAGAGCCGGUGGAGAGGCACUAUGCUCCACCUAGUUCAGAGCAGACUCAGGACCAGCAGCCACAGGCUCCUCUGGAGGUGGUGGAUGUCUACCCCCCUCACAGGAACGAACCCCCUCUCUCCCCCGGAGGUCACGUGGUCAGCGUGGAUGAAGACGAUGUUGAUUUCGACACAGGAGUGAUUCAGUACACUACAGAGAAUAAGGAAACAUGUGCCAGAUUCCAACAGCAGUGCUCCCAGAAUGCCUUGUGCUCCGACUACCCCUCAGGCUUCUGCUGUCACUGCCAGGCUGGUUUCUAUGGAAACGGACGCCACUGUCUACCUGAGGGUGCUCCUCAGAGAGUUAGCGGUAAGGUGAGCGGGACAGUGACCGUAGGUUCGACUCCCGUGCCGCUUAACAACAUCGAUCUGCACGCCUACAUCGUGGUGGGAGAUGGGCGAGCGUACACCGCCAUCAGCGAGGUGCCUGAGCCGGUGGGCUGGGCUCUCAUGCCCCUUGCACCAAUCGGAGAGCUGUUUGGAUGGCUGUUUGCUCUGGAGCUGCCCAAUAGCCAAGCAGGAUUCAAAAUCACAGGCGCUGAGUUCACUCGUCACGCAGAGGUUAUCUUUUACCCCGGCAACCAGCGCUUGUCAAUCAUCCAGACGGGCCGUGGCCUUGACGACCACAACCACCUGACUGUGGACACUGUACUGAGUGGAAACGUGCCCUUCCUGCCCCCUGGAGCUGAAAUCACCAUGGACCCCUUCAAGGAGACCUACCAGUACUACCCAUCUGUCGCCACAUCCACCUCGGUGAGGGAGUUCACGGCGGUCUCGGCCGAGCGGGGCUCCGAGUCCUUCUCGUUCCAGCUCAAGCAGAACAUCACCUACCGCGACUGUCGCCACGGCAACCGCGCCCCGGCUCCGGAGACGCUGCAGAUCUCCAUGGAGAGGGUGUUUGUGAUGUACGUGAAGGAGGAGCGCAUCCUGAGAUACGCCAUCACCAACAAGAUCAGCCCGGUGGGAGUUGAGCCAUCCGGGCCAGAGCUGGUGAACCCGUGCUACGCUGGGAAUCACGACUGUGACACCACAGCGCAGUGCAUCCCACUGGAGGGCCAGGACUUCCAGUGCCAGUGUGCCACUGGUUACAGAGGAGAUGGACGCAACUGUUAUGACGUAGACGAGUGUGCUGAGAACCAGAGUUCCUGCGGGGCUCACGCUCAGUGUGUGAACCUGCCGGGCAGCCAUCGCUGCCAGUGCCAGAGCGGCUACGAGUUCGGCUUCGAUGGGCGUACUUGUGUUGAUAUGGAUGAAUGCAGCUCCUCUCCUUGUCACACCGAUGCCAGAUGUAUCAACGGGCUGGGAUCCUUCCAGUGUCAGUGCAGGCUUGGGUUCUAUGGGGACGGUUUCUAUUGUUCUCGGCAGGAAGGUCAGACAGUCCGCCCUAAGAGCCAGUGUGAGCAGCACAGAGAUAACCUGCAGAGCGGAGGGGAGCCGAGUGUUGGAGCCUUCAUCCCACAGUGUAACUCUAACGGACAGUACCGAUCACAGCAGUGUCACGGCUCCACGGGACAUUGUUGGUGCGUGAACAGCAGGGGGCAGGAGAGAGUGGGGACCAGGACUCCACCUGGUACAGCACCCACAGACUGUGACAUACCAGAUGAGCCAGAGCGUCCCAGAACUCACUGUGAGCACCACAGAGACAGCGUGCAGACCACCAGUCCAGAGGGGUACCCUAUACUCGGAGCCUUCGUACCUCAAUGUGACGAUAUUGGGCAGUACGUUCCUUUGCAGUGUCAUGGUUCCUCUGGACAUUGUUGGUGUGUGGACCAUAAUGGACAGGAGAGAGAUGGGACAAGAACACCACCUGAUACAACACCGACAGACUGUGACAAACCAGAUGAGCCGGAGCGUCCCAGAACUCACUGUGAGCACCACAGAGACAGCGUGCAGACCACCAGUCCAGAGGGGUACCCUAUAGACGGAGCCUACGUACCUCAGUGUGACGCUAACGGACAGUACAGAUCAUUACAAUGUCAUGGUUCCACUGGACACUGUUGGUGUGUGGACAGUAGGGGGCAGGAGAGAGCAGGAUCCAGAACUCCUCCUGGCACACCAAGCAAAGACUGUGACAAACCAGAUGAGCCAGAGCGUCCCAGAACUCACUGUGAGCACCACAGAGACAGCGUGCAGACCACCAGUCCAGAGCGGUACCCUAUACUUGGAGCCUACGUACCUCAAUGUGACGCUAACGGACUGUACACACCCCUGCAGUGUCACGGCUCUAGUGGACACUGCUGGUGUGUAGACGGCAAUGGGCAGGAAAGAGCGGGAACCAGGACCUCACCCGGGGCACCACCAACAGACUGUGACAAAGCAGAUGAACCAGAGCAUCCUAAAACUCCCUGUGAGCAGCACAGAGACCGAGCACAGGCUUCCAGUCCAGAGGGAUAUCCUAUCCCAGGACUGUUUGUUCCUCAGUGUGAUUCCAAUGGACAAUACACCCUUCAACAGUGUCACAGCUCUACUGGACAUUGUUGGUGUGUGGACAACAGGGGAGAGGAGAGAGCUGGAACCAGGACUCCACCUGGUUCAACACCUGUGGACUGUGAAAGACCAGAUGAACCUCAACGUCCUCAAACUCACUGUGAGCACCACAGAGACAGCGUGCAGACCACCAGUCCAGAGGGAUAUCCUUUAUAUGGCGCAUAUGCACCUCAGUGUGACGCUAACGGACAGUACACACCCCUGCAGUGUUAUAGCUCCACUGGAGAAUGUUGGUGUGUGGACAGUACAGGGCAGGAGAGACCAGGAACCAGGACCUCAGCUGGUACUCAACCCAAAGACUGUGACAAACCAGAUGAACCUCAACGUCCUAAAACUCACUGUGAGCACCACAGAGACAGCGUGCAGACCACCAGUCCAGAGGGAUAUCCUUUAUAUGGAGCAUAUGCACCUCAGUGUGAUGCUAACGGACAGUACACAUCCCUGCAGUGUUACAGCUCUACAGGGGAAUGUUGGUGUGUGGACAGUACAGGGCAGGAGAGACCAGGAACCAGGACCUCAGCUGGUACUCAACCUCAAGACUGUGACAAACCAGUCCCUGUAGCUCCGACCCAGCGUCCUGAGAGUGUGUGUGAGCGGUGGAGAGCGAGCUUGAUCGAGCACUACGGAGGAAAACCAGAGGCGCAGCAGUACGUGCCUCAGUGUGAUGCAGAUGGACAGUUCAGACCUGUCCAGUGUUAUGGAGAGACCACUUACUGCUGGUGUGUAGACCAGGACGGGCGAGAGGUCCCUGGUACCAGAUCGCACGAUGUCGUCAAACCAGCAUGCCUUCCCUCGGUGGCCCCGCCCACCGUGCGCCCAUUGCCCAACCCGGUCGUGACCCCUCCCCCAAACACUGACAUCACCCUGCUGUACGCCCAGGGGCAGAAGAUCGGAGCGCUGCCUCUCAACGGGACGCGGCUGGAUGCGGCCCGCUCAAAAACACUGCUGACUCUACAUGGUUCCAUAGUGGUCGGUAUAGGCUAUGACUGCAGAGAGAACCGAGUCUAUUGGACCGAUUUGUCCGCAAGAACAAUCAACAGAGCUUCGAUGGCGCCCGGAGCCGAGCCGGAGAUCCUCAUUAACACGAAUCUGGUCAGUCCAGAGGGGCUGGCGGUGGACGCCAGUCGCAGGUUGAUGUUCUGGGUCGACUCCAACCCCGACAUGAUCGAGAGCGCCAACCUGGACGGCAGCGGGAGGCGGACGCUGUUCGACACAGACCUGGUCAACCCCAGAGCCAUCAUAGUGGUCCCUUCAACUGGAGCUCUGUACUGGACCGAUUGGAACAGAGAGGCUCCAAAGAUCGAGAGUUCUUCCGUGGACGGUCAGAACCGCAGGGUGGUGGUGUCUGAUGGGAUCGGACUGCCCAACGCCCUCACCUAUGACACCACCUUGGGACAAGUGUGUUGGGCCGAUGCAGGUACGAAGCGUUUGGAGUGUGUGUCUCCUGAUGGUUCAGGGCGGAGAGUGGUCCACCCCAGUGUCAACUACCCGUUCAGCAUGGUCUACUACAGGAACCACUUCUACUACACGGACUGGAGGAGGGACGGAGUGAUCGCAGUGAGCAAAGACAGCAGUCAGUUCACUGAUGAAUACCUGCCGGACCAGCGCUCUCACCUGUACGGCGUUGCCAUAGCAACUAGCCAGUGUCUAUCAGGGAGCCAUUAACGACGGACUGUCAGAGUUCUUUUGGUGCUAAAGUUCUGGGGGGUGACUCCUGAUCAGAGGGCCAAACGAUGAAAUGCCCCCUUCACUGUCCCUCAGGAGAAAAGGACACUCAGUAUUGAUCAAGAUGGCUUCCCGUCUCCAGAUCGAACGUCAGAGCAAAUUUACAACCCCCUCCACUCCCCCUGACCCCGCCCCCUGUUAUCUCACCAUAAAGAUAUAACCCCAAAAUAAAUGUUUUGUAAAUUUGUUUUAUACCUCAUUUUAAGUUUUUUUUUCUACUGUAUUUUUGUACGUGAGUUAUUUUGUUUUUGUUUUUCUAUCGAUAAAAGCUACAGGAGAUCAAAUUGAAAUGUGUGUGAGUAAAGGUCGUGUGUUCUUUAAACGCCAAAGAAGAAUCGCAUCAGGAGCUUUUCAAAGUGUUCGAGCCAAAGUUCUGUUUGUGAAGCUGAGCAUCAGCUUUGUUUUUGGUCCGCUGGCCCACAGGGGCUUUUUAAUUUCAGUCAUGAUUCAGCAGCAAAUAAAAAUAGACGCCAAAGAAGUAGAAUAGUGUCCUGGGAAACUUGUUUAUUGUCUGAGAGAUUCAGAAUAAUACAACUCUAAUAUCUAUAAUAUCAUAUUUCAUGGCAGCUGUUCCCCCUGCUUUCAGUCCCUAAUCCAAGCUAAGCUAACCGGCUAACGAAUUUAGCUACAUGCUGGUAGGCAAAGCUAACAGUUUUCCACUUCUAGCUUAGCGUGAGGGGAAUUGAACUAUUCUUUGUUUUCUUGCUAAGAUGUUAAACCUGUCACCACUUACAAUUCUGAACGUUAAAUAUGAAGACAGAUAUGGGAGACAGUUAGCUUAGUAGCAAAAUAACAGAAACAGGCUAGUUUGGCAUCAUUGAAAGCUACUAGCAACUUUAGAGCCCGCUUACGAACAUGUUAUACAUCUUUUGAGUUUCAUCAGGACAGAAAUAACAUGACUAUAUGAAACAGGGGCUCAAAUGAAAUUUCAAGCUAUUUCUGCUUGCUAGGCCAGCUGUUUCUACCUGAUUUCAGUCCUAAUGCUAGCAUAAGCUAAUCGUUUGUUAGCUUUAGCCUCUUAGAACAUUAAUAUGGAUGUUCUGAUGGAAGUAAAAACACCUUUCCAAAUGUUGCAAGCUAGGUUGAAAAUAAUGGACAUUUUAAAGCAUCAGUUUUUGAAUCAUGACUUUAAUAAUGAUAUCAUGUUUCCCUCAGCCCAAUGUGCCAGUCUGAUCAGACUACAGUCCUGCACUAACUAUCUGUUUUUCACACAUCAUGAAAUGACCUGACAUCCUUCCUUUUGCCAAAUAUUUUUUACUACAUCUACUUUUCAAAUCUUUAUCUUUUUAUAAGAUGUGAUAUUUAUAACAAUAAAAUGUGAUUUGGUACUUGA